CCCAAUGGAGUCCAGGAAAGAAAAAACCCUAGUCUCCUUCUUCCUAUUCCUUCGCAUAUUAGUCUCGUUCCUUUAUUCUGCCGCUGCAAAAACACUACUCUCUGCGCGGGAUUCCACACUAUUCCUUCACAAAUGGCUUCCGAGAAGAAACUGUCCAAUCCCAUGAGAGAAAUCAAAGUGCAGAAACUCGUCCUCAACAUCUCCGUCGGCGAGAGCGGUGAUCGUCUCACUCGCGCUGCCAAGGUGCUCGAACAACUCAGUGGCCAAACUCCUGUUUUCUCCAAAGCAAGGUACACUGUGCGUUCCUUUGGGAUUAGAAGGAACGAGAAGAUAGCAUGCUAUGUGACGGUGAGGGGUGACAAGGCGAUGCAGCUUUUGGAAAGUGGGUUGAAAGUUAAGGAGUACGAGCUCCUGAGGAGAAACUUCAGCGACACUGGCUGCUUCGGCUUCGGCAUUCAGGAGCACAUUGAUUUGGGAAUCAAGUAUGAUCCUUCUACUGGUAUUUAUGGAAUGGAUUUCUUUGUUGUUCUGGAGCGCCCUGGAUAUCGCGUGGGACGUCGUCGUCGUUGCAAGUCUCGUGUUGGAAUCCAGCACCGAGUGACAAAGGAGGAUGCCAUGAAGUGGUUCCAAGUUAAAUAUGAAGGUGUCAUCCUAAACAAGUCCCAAAACAUUGUUUAGGUUUAGUCAGGCCCUUCUGUUCUUCCUUACCCUUUCUUGUUCUUUUUUUCAAUUAUCAGUACCGGAUGUUAUUUUUACAAGUCACUAGCUGUUUGACAAUUUUUUUUUUCAAUAUCAUUAAAUUUUGACAUGCA